UUCUCAGCAAAACCAGUAUGUCUCCGGGAAACUUUGUCUCCACACAAUAGUACUGUAUCAUUGUACUGUUAAAUUGAUGUUUGUCUGAUUUUACAGUAUUCAAUGGUUUGAAGAUAAGGUGUUUCUAUCUGAAGUCGCCAUCACUGUGACAUGAUUCUGGUGAGGGACCUUAUUUUGUGCGGAUGUUUUAUUUCAUGUGAGUAUGUCUAAUGUUCACUAUGAUACACAGUUUGCAGCAUCUCCAUUGUCUGCAAUAUAUUAUUUAUUGAACGUAUGAAACAUGAAAUGUAUCAAGUAAAUACAGGUUCUGUCUCUUUGUUACAUCUUUUGGCUACAGCUGUGUCAUGUUCAGACUACUCUGUCAAUAUGCCCCCAACUUUGGAAACAACCCAUGGUUCCUGCAUUUUCAUCCCGUGCUCCUUCACUGCCAAGGACUCAAGUGUGAGAAGUCCUGCCACAGGAGUGUGGAGAAAAGGCUCCCAGUGGUUUAAAGAUGGUGUUGAUGUGUUCAAUUCUUCUAAACGCCAAAACAAACUUCACGGCAAGAUACUUGGCGACCUCACCCAGGGGAACUGCACCUCCGUCUUAUACAAUGUCACAAGAGAUUAUGAAGACAAAUACUUCUUCAGACUGGAGUGGGGAGACGAGAAAGUAACUUUUCCUGAAAAUGUUUUGAUAAAAGUCAAUGAUGCUCCACCUAAGCCACAUCUGAGCUCACCACAACCCCUUCAGGAGGGCACCCCCGCCCGUAUGACUUGUGCAGUCGCUUCCCACUGCCCCCAGGAUCCCCCUACCCUGGCAUGGAGCCCAAACCUCAACCACAGUAUGGAGACCCUGCAGACAAAAGAAGAUGGCACUCAGGAGGUCAUCUCUGUGCUGAGUUUGAUCCCCUCACACUGGGAGGAUGGCCUGAAUGUAAGCUGUGUGGCGACACACAGGCUACAGAGACAAGGCAGCAUCUCCUUCCAGGAAACAGUACCCCUUACUGUGUUGUAUGGACCAAAGAAUCUGUCUGUGUCACUAAACACCUCACGCGUUGGAAUGGGCAGUCCCGUCACAUUGAUUUGCUUUGGUGCAUCCAAUCCCCCUAUAAACAAUUAUAGAUGGUUCCGGGACACAAGUGGUUACCAGGAGGAGAUGGACUGGAAAUACCAGAAUGUCACUUUCAACGUAACCUCCAGUACCACUGGUACAUACCACUGUGAGGGAAGAAAUACAGUUGGAGCAUCCAAUUCCUCAAGACUGCAACUGGAGAUGCCAGCCAGUUCGCAUGUGAAACCAGGAUGGUGGCUACUAGGUGGAUGUAUCCUAUUUUUUACGAUUGUUGCUGCCUUUUUAUGUCACAGACAUAAGAAAGCAGAGACUCAGCAGCAGAGAGGGAGGAGGCCUGAACACACAGGGAGAGUGGCGGACCACAGUAUUUAUAUCAACGUGACGGAGGACACCCUCUGCAGGGCAGCAAGCGCCCCAGAUGAGCCGUGUGAUAAUGUGUACUGUAACCAACUCCCACCAAAUAGCAUCAGGCCAAAACAAAGGGAUUUUUUGUCACAAACUGAUGAUGCUAUUUAUGCCAACCACUGAUCACACAUUUGUAUGAUGCACAUGCCAUUUCAGCAGCCUAUGUAAUAGCUAACGAGCUAAGCAAAACCAACAGUAGCAUCAAAUCUGUAAUACCUAAAGUUCUAAAGGCUAAAAUACAGUGGACCCUAUUCUGAUUUUCAAAGACAGGACACCUUGUAUAGGGAGUUGGCCUGGGACUCUCUCCCCUUACAGCAGUGUAGUGUUUUGCUGCCUUUAGAUUUCUAGUUAUCGUUUUUUGACACACACACAUAAGCACCAGCUUUGAAUAUUCCUUAAUAACACAAUAUUAGGGUAAAAUAGGUUUAGUAGUCGACUAGAAGUGGUAUAUAUUGCCCUUUAGUUUGUGGCCCUUGGUUGAUAACUUGUUUGAUUACACCAGUAAGAGAUGUAAUUUAUAUAACUCAGUGGCAAUAUUGAGUAGAAAAAAAAAUGGACUGGGGUCAAGGGAACUCAAUUGUGACACCCAGUGGUGUAUAACCUCAAAAGCAUUUUGCUUGAGUGAAAGAUACCUUACUAAGGGAACAUGACAAUUUUCAAGCCACCCAUCAAAACCACUUGAGUAAAAGUCUUUAAAGUAUCUGAUAUGAACAGUAGUUAAGUAUCAAACGUAUUUAUCCAGUAUUGAAUUUGGCCCAUCUGAAGCUACUGAGAAUUUUCAUCUGAAAAUAUCAUUAUAACAUUUAACACAAGUGACUCAGUUCAUGUCAGUUUGUUACCCCCGCCAAGGAGAUUAUGUUUUCACUACCAUAUGUAUAUCUGUUGUCAGCAGGAUUAUGCACAUAACUACCAAGCCAGAUGUCGAAUUGUGUUGAAACUUGGUUGAGGGGUGUGGCAUGGGCCAAGGAAGAACCCUUUCAAUUUUGGAGCGGAUCCAAAUCACAGGCUAGAUUGUCUGAUGAGCCCUGUUGAGUCAACAUCCUUUUUAACUUUAAUCAAUGUGGCUAAACUGAGGAGAGCACACAUUUCCCACUUCCAAAGUAAAACUAUUGCAUGUCAUUUUAUAAAAACUUUUUUUGAGAAUGAGUAUUUACAUUAAUAUGUUUCUCUGAUGAGAGAUGACAACUAGAGAGUUUGGGGGAAGUUGUCUCAGUUACCAGGAGACAACUUGUCACAAAUCACAACAAAACAAAAAAAUGAAGUUUUGGACAGAAAAGAGGGCAACAAAGAAGAAGAAACAUGAGGACUCAUCAUCAGAUGAGAAAAAGUGUUUCUGGUUCACAGUGGGCCAAAGGAGACUGAGGCUCAAUCUGUGAGAUACAGCAAAUGGGCCUCAUUCUGAAUUGACUCUGAUUCUGAUUGAUUCAACAAACGUUUAGAUACUUUUAUGUUGAUUUAAGGUGUUGAGUCCAGUUAGUUAUAUUCUUAGUUUGAUAAUCCAAUGUGACAAUUUACCCAAUGUGUCAGUUUACCCCCUCAUAGGCAGUGGUGGAAUGUAACAAAGUAUUUUUACUUCGUUACUGUACUUAAGUACAUUUUUACGUA